AUGACUACCUCGCUUGAGAAAGCAGAUGGUCAUGAGAACAUCUCUACCACUGUCGCUGAUCAUGUUGUCAUCACUACUAUCCAACAAACCCGUCGAGGCCUAUCACCUCGCCAUGUUCAGCUCAUGACCAUUGCCGGUGGUAUUGGUGUUGAUCUUUUCGUCGGUGUUGGCGGUGUCUUGUCCAAAGCUGGUCCAUUGCCUCUCAUCAUCGGAUACCUAAUUUACGGUCUUGGCUUCAUUUGGCCUACUAUGCUGAACAUUGCCGAGAUGGCAGCAUGGCUUCCCAUUCGCGGCUCAAUCUACGAAUUAGCCUCCCUGUUUGUCGAUCCAGCGCUGGGAUUCGCAAUGGGAUGGACAUACUUCUAUGCGGGAGCCAUGUUGGUCUGUACCGAGUGCGUUGAUGUCGCAACUGUUAUGCAGUACUGGAACACCGACAUCAAUCCUGCUGUCUGGAUUGCCAUAGCGUCGUAUUUAUGUUACUUCAUGAAUAUGGUUGCUGUCAGAUGGUAUGGAGAAGCCGAGUUUAUCAUGGGCUCUACCAAGAUCCUCUUGAUUCUUGGCCUUAUCAUGGCGACCUUUGUCACCAUGGUUGGCGGCAACCCUCAUCAUGAUGCCUACGGCUUCCGAAACUGGAAGAAUGGAGAUACGGCCCAUGAAUACUACGCUGAAGGAGCCACCGGCAUCUCUCUUAGUAACUGUAUCUGUGUGCGAUAUGCCGUCUUCACGAUCGGAGGCCCAGAUAUCAUUUCCCUGUCUGCUGGCGAGAUCCGAAACCCGCGCAAGACGAUUCCCAAGGUUGCCAAAUUGAUCGUUGGCCGGAUUCUAUUCUUCUAUGUUGUCGGAAUCCUUGCUGUCGGCAUCAUCUGCAACUCGCGAGGCCUUGGACGUCUGCGCUAG